UUAAAACAAAAAAAAUUGUAAAAUAAUAAUUUCGUUUCGGGUUAUGCCUCUGCUCUCUGUUGCUGCUCAACCCUUCUCUCUUUCUCUCCCUCACUUCGUCUUUCUCUCUCUAAAAUCUCAGGGCUUGGAUUCUACCCUUUUCACAACAACCGCUACUCUUUGAUUCCAGGGAAUGGCUGGGGUGUUGAGUGAGGAGUCUGGAGUGGGUAAGUCUGUGGAGGAGAUUUCACGUGGGCAGACUUGUACCGGGGAAGCAUUGGCGGAAUGGAGAUCUUCUGAGCAGGUGGAGAAUGGAAUUGCAUCUACUUCUCCGCCUUACUGGGACACUGACGAAGAUGAUGGUGGACCAAAACCUUCUGAGUUAUAUGGGAAAUAUACAUGGAAGAUAGAAAAGUUUUCCCAGAUUACCAAAACGGAACUUUGCAGUAAUGCAUUUGAGGUUGGAGGCUACAAAUGGUAUAUUUUAAUUUAUCCACAAGGUUGUGAUGUAUGCAAUCAUCUCUCGCUGUUUCUGUGUGUAGCUAAUCAUGACAAGCUUCUUCCGGGAUGGAGUCAUUUUGCACAAUUUACAAUAGCUGUGGUCAAUAAAGACCCAAAGAAAUCAAAAUAUUCUGAUACAUUGCACCGAUUUUGGAAGAAGGAGCAUGACUGGGGAUGGAAAAAAUUUAUGGAGCUGUCAAAGGUGUAUGACGGAUUUGUUGACACUUCUGACAAUUUGAUAAUAAAAGCUCAAGUUCAAGUCAUCAGGGAGAAAUUUGAAAGGCCUUUCCGUUGCCUUGAUUGUUAUUAUAGGAGGGAACUUGUUAGGGUAUAUUUGACAAAUGUAGAACAAAUUUGUCGGCGUUUUGUGGAGGAAAGACGGAGCAAGCUUGGGAAGUUGAUUGAGGAUAAAGCUAGGUGGUCGAGUUUCUUUGCUUUCUGGAGGGACAUUGACCAAACAUCUAGGCGCCGAAUGUCUAGGGAGAAGACAGAUGUGAUUUUAAAAGUUGUAGUGAAACACUUUUUUAUUGAUAAAGAAGUCACUUCUACUUUGGUAAUGGAUUCCUUGUAUAGUGGAUUGAAGGCUCUUGAGGGCCAGACUAGCAAGAAAGGUUUGGUAAAAUUGUUGGAUUCUGAAGAAAUGACAGCACCUAUUGUCCGCGUGGAAAAAGACAUGUUUGUACUGGUGGAUGAUGUUUUACCGCUUCUUGAGAGGGCUGCUAUAGAACCACUCCCUCCAAAAGAUGAAAAGGGUCCUCAAAAUCGUACAAAGGAUGGAAACUCUGGGGAGGAUUACAAUAAAGAUUCAAUGGAGCGUGAUGAAAGGCGUCUCACAGAAUUAGGGCGCAGGACUUUGGAAAUAUUUGUCCUUGCCCAUAUAUUCAGCAACAAAUAUGAGGUUGCUUAUCAGGAAGCUGUUGCUCUAAAGAGAUAAGAAGAACUCAUUCGUGAAGAAGAGGCAUCAUGGCAAGUUGAAAUGAUCAGAAAACAAAACGUGGAGUCAAUGAGAGAGAAAAGAAGUCAAAGAAAAAACAUGUUACAAAUUGAAAUUGCAUUGUUAAGGAAUCUUUACAUAUCUAAAUAUUGAUUUCACAUAUGCUAAUUUAUUAUGUUGUUUUCUUAACAAUUUUUUUGACUAUUUGUCGCAGACUGAAAUUCAAUUGUCUGACAUUGUUAAUAUUAUGAUUUUAGAAGUCAAUGUAGGCAAGAUUAAAUGA